AUGGAUAAUAGUAUAGUUUUUUUUAAAUUAUGGAGGAAUAAAAUUAUUAAAAACGAAAUACAAAAAUGGAAUCGAUAUUUAAUAAAAGUGAAUGAUUGGAGAAUUAGGGAAUUUAAAACAUUAGAAUCAUAUGAAGAAUCUAAAGAUAACUAUUUCAUCAAAUCGAUAAUAAUGGUUAAUUGUUUUGGUGGAGAAAAAAGCUUAAUAGAGUUUUUCAACAACUUACCAAGCAAUAUUGAAAGUGUAGAAAUUAAAGGAAGCAAAAUAUCAAUAGAAAUCAAAGCAAUAUCAGUGCCCCCAACUUUAAAAUCACUUAGAUUCGACAAUAAUAUAAUAAUAACUGAAAAAGAAGACAUCAAAGAUUUAUCAAACCUAUCAUAUCAAAUGAAUGGGUUAGAAACUUUAUAUUUAGGAUUUCGUGGUGAAGAAAUAAUGAAAAAAAGAUAUAUUCCAUACACUUUAAAGCAUUUAGUAUUAUCAUGUCUUUUUGAUGAUCCAAUUUAUAAUCAAGCUCUACCAGAAGGUUUAGAAUCUUUAGAGUUAACGUCCGAGUAUUACCAGACAACUUUACACUUUCCUAACAAUUUAAAACAUUUUAUAUAUUGCAAAUCCUAUAAGCUAUAUUCAUCAGUUUUCAAACAACUACCAUCAAGCAUAGAAUCACUAAGACUAGAUUGCAACACUGAAGAUAACAAUAAACCAAUAAAAAGUUUAGAAAUCGCCAAAAAAUUCACCAACCUAAAAAAGCUAUCAGUUUCAUAUAAUUGCUUUAUUCAAUUUUUUGCAGACUCGAUACUGGUACAAGGAGCUCCAUUGCUACAAUCAUUAACCAAAUUAGAAAUAAUCAGAAAAGGCUUUUUUUCAAUGAUAGAUAAUUUAGAUAUAGACUUACUUCCGCCCACAUUGAUAAAGCUAAAGCUGUCUCAUAUGUUUUUUAGGAACAAAACCGGUAGGGGUUUCCCAGCAUCACUCACUUCAUUGGAAACCUCGUUAUCAGGUUUUAGGUCACAUUUCGAAAAUGCAUCAAACAUUCAAUAUAUUGCAAUUACAUCGAAAGAAGAACUAGAUCAAAGCAAUGUUAUUAGCUUUGAUAAAUUCCCAAACUUAAAAUCAUUAAAAUACUAUUAUUUAGAAAAAGUAAGCUCAGUACUAUUACCAAUCAAUAUCUUAUCAAAUUUAGAAAUAUCAUGCACAGUAAAUUUUAAAUCACAACCUAUAGAAUUAAAAAAACUUAAUAAUUUAAAAUCAUUAAAAUUAGAUUUAAUUUACACUCAAGCUCAAUUUGAUAAUGCAAAAACUAUUACCCUGAAACCAUUCCCAAACUCAAUACAAUUAUUAGACUUAACAAUUAACAAAUCAGAUACAAUAAUAUCCAAUCAAAAUCUUCCACAAUUUAUAAAGAUACUAAUAAUAAGGGGCACAUCAAUACCAAAUUUUAUUCUCCCAUUACCAGAAACAUUAGAGACUAUAUUAUUUUCUAAACAAAUUAAAAAUGUAGAUUAUCAUAACAACACAACUAUCCAAAAACUAUCUCAAUCACAUAAUAUUCAAACUUUCUAUCAUGAAAAUGACAAAAAAUAUUAUUCGAAACCAAAUUAUUCAAAGCUAUAUAAUAAAAUAAAAAAUAAAAUAAUUGUUUAA